GCUUAUGUUUCGUAGUCUACAUAGUGUACCUUUAUAGGGAGGGAGAGAGGGAUUUGGGAGUGAUCCUGAGGUUAAACUAUUGCUUCGUAUUGAUCAGGGAGAGAAGCUGUGUCGUCGAAAUGUCGGUAAAACACCCGAAGCAGUCUGUACUAAACCCGUCCAUCCCCAUGGCAGUAACCAUCCUGGGGGGUCUCCAUCCAGGUGAGAUGGUUGUUAUCCAAGGCUCUGUUCCAGGAGAUGCAGACAGGUUUCAGGUGGACUUCAUGUGUGGCAGCAGUAUUAAACCCAGAGCAGACAUUGCGUUCCACUUUAACCCACGCUUUAAGAAGAACCACAUCGUGUGCAACACCCUGCAACAUGAGUACUGGGGUAAAGAAGAGAUCCACUAUCUGAUGCCUUUCAGAAAAGGGGAAGAUUUCGAGAUCAUCAUGCUGGUAGAGAAAGAUUUGUUCAAGGUGGCAGUAAAUGGUGCUCAUGUGCUGGAAUACAAGCACAGAAUAGAUCUGGCCAGGGUGGACACAUUGUCUGUAUCUGGGAAGGUUCAGAUCCAGGCCAUUGGAUUCAUUCCCAGCACAAGUGCUUCAAAUUCUUCAUCAGUGGGGAAGGGGAUCAGCACACAGGCGCUGGCUGUGCUGGAUGACCCGUGUGAUAUGAGUCUUCCUUUUAGGAGAAAGCUACAAAAGGGCUUGAGUCCAGGACACACCAUCACAAUCAAGGGUCAGAUCAUUACCUAUCCUCACAGCUUCAGUGUGAACCUACGCGUCGGGAACUCGAAGGACAUCGCACUGCACUUGAACCCUCGGCUCAAAUCCGGUCUGUUUGUUCGUAACUCUUACCUGUCUGAGUGCUGGGGUCCAGAGGAGAACACCCUGCCCAGCUUUCCCUUCUCUCCAGGAGAAUAUUUUGAGAUGAUAAUCCUCUGCGAGGCGCAGCAGUUCAAGUUGGCCGUGAACGGCGCUCAUCAGCUGACCUACAAGCACCGCGUGCAGGACCUAAGCCGUGUGGACGAGCUGGAGAUCACCGGGGACCUGCAGCUUCUGGAUGUUAAGAUAUGGUAACCAGCGCUCCAUCCGAACGCAGCAGCAGACAUUUAGACGCGCAAAUCUGAUGACAUAGUGUGUGCUCAAACCCAACUAGUCUACCUUUCACUCUUCUCAUGAUCUACUACUGAGCUAAUUUAAAGCACAUGAGGUCACGGCUUUGCUGUACGAUGGAUGCUGCUGAUGUUUAAUAUAUCGCCACUUUAGCACUUACUAAGCUUUAACUAAUAUCAGCCGAGAUUGUGUGUCGGAUUUUGGGACAAAAAGUUUUAACCAAAUGUGAAAAAUCCUUAAUUUAUGUCAAAAAAAAGUACUUGGUGAGUCAAGACAUUCAGUGCUUAGUGACUUUUUAGUAUUGCACUGAAGCUACAAGGUCAAACUGACUGCUUAGUGGUUUAAUAUCUUUAAAAAGUUGUCAGAAGCGAAGAAAAGGACAUCACAGCAGCCAUAUUGAAUUUGUAGCCUUGGGAACAUCAUAAUCAGACUCACUGUGGCCUAAACGUUAGAAGGCAGACUUGUAUAUUUCCGAUGAUUAGAAUACUGUUCCAAAUCCAUUUGUAUGUUUAAUUCAUAUUCAAUAUAUGUUCAAUAUAGUACACAAUAUGAUGAGAGGGUGUGAAGAUCUACCUGGCUCUGAGCUUCCUUUAUUCAUCAGCAUCAUUGCUCUAGAGAGGAUUAUGUCCAUUUUGGUUGUUCUUUGUUUUCUGAAUAUGUGGGACCAUGGAUAGAAUAGACAGGUAAUUGAAUUCAGGGUCUAAAUCAGCCUGCUCUUCUCAUAAAAAAAAAAAAGAAAGAAAAAGGACACCUUAGAUAUUAAUAACAUUUUGCUGGAAGAGAAAGACAUGCAAUACACAAGGUGAUCACGAGAAUAACACGGAUUUAUAUCGACUGAUAUAUGAAACAGACUCGUUCAAAACAACGCCCGAGGAUGUGAUAUGGAAUACGGAAUAUCGAGUCGGAAAAUCUAGAGCAGGGAAAAUAAAAUCUACUACAAGCGAUCUAAUAAAGGUAAACAAAUCAAAGAAGCAUUAAAGAAUCACGCUGAGGCUGCCUCAGGCUCUGACGGCCAACCGUGUAAUUUACUCACGUUACUUUUCACGCCACAUUUCAGUUUUACUCCCAAAACAUCGUUUUACAAGCAGCUUUUUUUUGUUGUUUUAUUUCAGUCAUUUGAACCAAGAAUCUUCAGGCAAGAUGGCAUUGUAAUGUUAUCCUGCUUUCUGGCUGAAAUGAGGAACCAACUGUAUUAGUUAGGAGGCUUUUGAGUGAGUGAAGAAAAUGUUUAAGAAGAAGGAAAACCUCACGUUUUUAAGUCUGAAAGCUUAACUAACUCAUCGGCAUACGUCUAGUUUAAGGUCCAUCCAGAUGUUCAGACAGACGCUCGAGGCAGAUGUGUCAGAAAGCCCACCAUAUCCAAAGGGGCAAAUUUCUGUUCUAUGCAAGCCAUCAGCAGCCUGUAGUCUAUGCAGAUUUCUGUUCAAACACUUCAUUAAAGCUCAAAUCAGAAAUUUGAGACAAAGUGUCCUUGAAGUAGCAGUGAAAAGAAGGCUUUCUGUUCGGAAACGUUGUACUGUAGUACGUUUUCUCUCUAAUUCCAGGCCAAUAAUUGAUAAUGCAUGUUUUAUGUGACUUCAUGAUAAGAGUUGAUGAAUUGUUACCUUUUUCUAUUUAUCUGUAUUGUACUGAUCAAAAAUAUCUAUCCAAGUUGCACAUAUAUAGUGUCUUUCUUUCUAAAAACAGUAAUAAAAAUGUAUGGCUAAAGUAAAUUUCGGGAAAUAUUUUCUUCUUGACACAUUUGGGAUAAAUCGAUUGUUUUUUUUUGUUUUUAUUAUUAUUAUUAUUAUUAAUUUAAUUUAUUUCUUUAUUUUAAAUCAUUUAAGACCCAGUGUGUGAGUUAACAUUAAUGGACACUGGUGCAAAACCAAUUUAAGUAAGUAUCCUUGCUGGAGAGAUAUCGAUGUCGAAUCCAUUAGCAUCUCAUCUGUCUCCUUUAAUUAAACCCCAGUUUCCACUCAGCUGUUCAUGACGCUGUAUCUGGAUUAGAGAUUAUCCAGGUGGAACAAGCAUGAGGCACAUUUAAAAACCCAUCAGAUUAAAAUCCAAGAUGAAUUUCAGACAGUCUGGAUUUCUCAUUUUAAAUUGCUUCAUUUUUACAUUUCAUUUUCAAUAAAUGGCAAUUUAUUCUCA